AUGUCUAAACCUACACUUGAAACAUCCAAGAAAUUGAUAAAUCUACUAUAUUCAUCAACAGCAUCUAAAUUACCUUCUACCAAAGGAUCAAUAAUUUCUGAUAUUACCACUCCAACAAUAUCACGAAUAUUAUAUCAAGAUCUGUCAUCAACAGGUACUACUGAUAAUGUAUUAGAUUUGACGUCUUCUCAUUCUUUACUAUCUAUACUGAAAUUCCCAACUAACCAAACAUUUCUACAAGAUUCAUCAAAACAACAAACCACUUUUGUCAAUUCCAAUAUAGUUCGAUUUAAAUGUCCAAUUCUGUAUAUUACUAAAAAUGAUAUCCUUAAAUCAAUACCUACUACAUCAUCAUCAUUUUUAGGUAGUGUUAACAACGUUAAUGGAUUGAAAAACCUUAAUCGAUUCGAAUUAAUUAAAAAACGAGAUUAUAGAAUAAAUACCAAUCAAGCAUUAAAAUUCUUAGGUGAAUAUUAUAUGAUUUUUGAAAAUCAAUUAUUAGCCAAUCAAUUUAUUAACCAAACAACAACAAAACCGUCAGAAACUGAAACCGAAACCGAAACCGAUGUUGGAGCUGGAGUUGGAAUUAUUAUGAAUGGGAUGAAAAUAAAUUUUGAAAUUAUUAAAUUGAAUGAAUCAAUUUUGAAAACUAUGAGUAAUGAAAAAAUCAGUGAUUUUAAUAAAAUUAAUGAAAUUUUAUCAAUAAUUGAUAAUCCCAACACGGGUACAGAUUUCGAUUUCGAUGUUGAUGUUGAUGUUUUUCAAAUUUUAAAUAAUUGGUUGAAUCAUAAUUCUAGUCGUCGUCGUAAUAAUUAUGUUUUGGUUCAAAAUUGGCCAUUUGGAUUAUCUCAAAAAUAUAUAUCGAAAUUAUUAUGGAAUUAUAAAUUAUUAGAUAUUAUAACGAUUAAAUCCGAUAUUAAACAACAAUUAAAUAUUAUAUUAUUAAAAUUUGAUAAUUAUAAAAAUUGUUUAAGAUUUAUAAGAAAUUAUCAUGGUAAAAAAUGGGAUCAUUUACAAUUAAAAUCAAAUAAUUUAAAUAAAGAAAUUAUAUUUUAUCAACCAUUAUUAUGUGAAACUUUAUAA